AUGGGCAAUCGGACCGCAGUGAGCACAUUCCUUCUGUGGGGAUUUUCCAGUUUCCCUGACCUACAUAGUCUUCUCUUUGUGGCGGUGUUCUUCUCCCAUGUGACCAUCCUAGCUGCAAAUGUGUCCAUAAUGGUGACCAUCAAGCUCAGUCACAACCUUCACACCCCCAUGUACUUCUUCCUCUGUGGUCUGUCCUUCUCAGAAACCUGCACCACGAUGGUGAUCAUCCCCCGCAUGUUAGUGGACUUGCUAUCAGAGAGCAAGACCAUUUCUCUUCCUGAGUGUGCCACGCAGAUGUUUUUCUUCUUUGGUUUGGGAGCCAACAACUGUUUCAUCUUGGCUGCCAUGUCCUAUGACCGUUACACUGCCAUCCACAGCCCACUGCACUACCCAAUCCUGAUGACCCGAAAGAUCUGCUUUCAGCUCAUGAUGGCCUCUUGUGUGGUUGGGACAGUGGUGUCCCUGUGCAUUGUCAUCAUAGUAUUCAACUUGUCUUUUUGUAACUCCAGCACCAUUCAGCACUUUUUUUGUGACAUUGCCCCUGUGGUCUCCCUGGCCUGUGAUUACACCUUUUUCCAGGAAAUGGUUCUCCUUGCAUUCACUGCCUUUGUGUUGAUGGGCAGCUUUAUUUUAAUUAUGAUUCCAUAUGUCUUUAUUGUGUCCAUAGUUGUGAAGAUGCCCUCUGCAAGGGGAAGGUAUAAGGCCUUCUCUACUUGUUCCUCCCACCUCACAGUUGUGUUCAUACACUACGGAUUUGCUUGCUUUGUCUAUUUGAGGCCUAAGAACAGUGACUCAUCCCGUGAAGACAUGCUGAUGGCUCUAACAUAUACAGUUCUGACACCUCUGCUUAACCCCAUUGUCUACAGUCUAAGAAACAAAGAAAUGCAGAUAGCUCUGAGGAAAGUACUAGGCAGUGUAAUUGGGCAUUUCCCUCAGAUGGUAAAUAAAAGAGCCCAAAACAUUUAA